UACUCACAUUGUUUACCUAAAACUUUCUUUUUUGAAUUUUCUAAUUAUAGGUAUAAAAUCUCUUUGUGUUGUUUCUUUUCCUAUGGAGGUGUCAUUAGGGAAAAAAUUGCUUUUCUCAGUGGACUCUCUGAAAUGUCCCUUUGUUUUCAAUCAUGAGGCUUUUUUUCCUGCUACCAUGUAAAGGUGAUAGCGUUUAAUAUCCGUCUCAACAUAGAAGGGCACUUGCCUGCUCACUAAGGAUCUGGACAUGUUUUUCUGCCUAGGUGACGAACGAAAGCCCUUUUCUUCAGUCACUACACUGACUUCCCCAAGAGUCUGUCACUGUAAAAUGCCUUAACUCCAAUUUAGACAUGAUAAUAGGGAAAUGUAAAUAAUGUGUAGUUAACCCAACUCAGACUCUUAGUCUGAUAUAGUGAAGCUGCCAAACUCUUAGUGUGAAAGUCUGGGAACUUUCUUAAAGACCUCAAGUAGCAAAAUGGACCCUUUAUUUUCUCUGUUUACAACAUCUAAUACAAUUUGCUUGAAUCAGUAGGCCUUUAUGCAAUGGUGCGAUGAGAGCUAGGUUUGUUUCCUGGACAUUCUUAUCCAUAGUAGGCACGUUUUCAUAAAUGUAUCCUAAUAAAAAGAUGAAAUUUUAAAGCCUACAAAAUUAAGAAUUCUAAUGUCCUAAUUUAAUGGACUCAGUAUAGGUAAGAGGUAAAUAAAGGACAUAGACUCAAUGGCACAUUAAAUAAAACUUUUCUAAAGAAAUAAAAAUGUAAUAAUUAUAUUGAUCUCAAGGUUUGUGGAAGUCCUUUGAUAUUUCAGAAUUAAAUCUUAGAUAUGAGUAAUGUCACUUGUCAAUAGGUUAAGAAUACAGCAAAAUUAUUAGAAAUAAAAUAUAAUUAAACAUUUAUGAAAUAAAAACAGAAUUGGUGUAGUAACUGGAUAGGACUCUGAGCGUCGCUGUUCACCAAAGUGGAAAAGCUGUCCGCUGAAGGCGACCUGACUCUGCUCCUUGCGCCCUAAACAAACACAGACCAGAGAAAUUUGGGGAAAAGCCUCGCGUUUCUGUCAAGUAAUGUGUUUCCUUUGACUUGAAAGAAAUAAGGGUACAGCAGGCUGGAAUUAGGACUAAGGAAACUGGUCGGAGAGAAGGAAAUGGCGGGUACACUGAGAGGUUGGGGCUGCAUAGAGCCGCUUCUGCUCCUCCUGCUCCUGGAGACGUUAUGGAGAGCUGGAGCCGGGCCGAUCCGCUACUCGGUGCUGGAGGAGCUGGACAAAGGCUCCUUCGUGGGCAGCAUCGCCAAGGACCUGGGUCUGGAGCCCCGGGAGCUGGUGGAGCGUGGCGUCCGCAUCGUCUCCAGAGGUAGGACGCGGCUCUUUUCUCUGAACCCGAGAAGUGGCAGUUUGGUCACCGCAGGCAGGAUAGACCGGGAGGAGCUCUGUGCUCAGAGUGCACGGUGUGUGGUGAGUUUUAACAUCUUGCUUGAGAAUAACAUGAAAAUUUAUGGAGUAGAAAUAGAAAUAAUAGAUAUCAAUGAUAACUUUCCACGUUUCCGGGAUGAGGAAGUAAAAGUAAAAGUUAAUGAAAAUGCGGCUACGGGAACUCGGUUAGCACUUCCUUUCGCUCGAGACGCGGAUGUGAGUAUGAACUCUCUCCAGAGUUAUAAGCUCAGCCCCAAUAUGCACUUCUCUCUGGAGCAGAAAAGCGGAACUGAUGGACAAAAAUAUCCGGAGCUGGUACUGGAACGGCCCUUGGACCGCGAGAAAGUAGCUGUCCACGACCUUCUUCUCACAGCUUUAGAUGGUGGAGACCCCAUACUCUCUAGUAGUAUGCACAUACACGUGGUGGUCCUCGACGCAAAUGAUAAUGAGCCUCUCUUCACUCAAUCUGAGUACAGAGUGACUGUUCCAGAGAACAUACCUGUAGGCUCUCAGCUGCUUACACUAACCGCCACGGAUCCAGAUGAGGGAGUAAACGGGGAAUUAACAUACUCUUUUCGCAAUGAAGAAGAUAAGAUUUCAGAGACUUUCCAACUUGAUUCCAGCCUGGGUGAAAUCUCAACUCUGCAAUCACUGGAUUAUGAGGAAUCCAGAUUCUACCUCAUGGAAGUGGUAGCUCAGGAUGGAGGUGCUCUUCUUGCCAGUGCUAAGGUAUUGGUGACAGUACAGGAUGUGAAUGACAAUGUCCCAGAAGUGAUCCUCACAUCCCUUGCUAGUUCCGUCUCUGAAGACUGUCCUCCUGGAACUGUAAUUGCACUGUUUAGUGUACAUGAUGGUGAUUCUGGAGAGAAUGGUGAGAUUGUGUGUUCUAUCCCCAGGAACUUGCCCUUUAAAUUGGAAAAGUCAGUUGAUAAUUAUUAUCACUUAUUGACAACGAAAGCCCUGGACAGAGAAGAGAUCUCAGAUUAUAACAUCACAAUAACUGUCAUUGACAGUGGAAACCCACCCCUGUCUACAGAAAGCCACAUCUCCCUGAAUGUGGCAGACAUCAAUGACAACCCUCCCAUCUUCCCUCACACCUCAUACUCCACCUACAUCCUGGAAAACAAUCCCAGAGGCAUCUCAAUUUUAUCUGUGACUGCACACGACCCUGACAGCGGCAACAACGCCAAGAUCACUUACUCUCUGGCUGAGGAUAUGUUUCAAGGAAUGUCUCUGUCUACCUAUGUCUUCAUCAACUCCAAUACAGGCAUCCUGUAUGCUCUGGGCUCUUUUGACUACGAGCAAGUUAAAGAUCUGCAGCUGUGGGUAAUGGCCAGUGACAGUGGAGACCCUCCACUUAGUAGCAACAUGUCACUGAGCCUGUUUGUGCUGGAUCAGAAUGACAAUGCCCCUGAAAUCCUGUACCCCAGCAUUCCCACCGAUGGCUCCACUGGUGUGGAGCUGGCUCCCCGAUCCGCAGAGCCCGGAUACCUAGUGACCAAGGUGGUGGCGGUGGACAGAGACUCUGGCCAGAAUGCCUGGCUGUCCUACCACCUGCUCAAGGUCAGCGAGCCAGGACUUUUCACGGUGGGGCUACACACGGGUGAGGUGCGCACUGCACGGGCCCUGCUGGACAGAGACGCGCUCAAGCAGAGCUUAGUGGUGGUGGUCCAGGAUCAUGGCCAGCCCCCUCUUUCAGCUACUGUCACACUCACUGUGGCUGUAGCUGACAGUAUCCCAGAUGUCCUGGCUGACCUGGACAGCCUCAAGCCCUCAUCCUAUGCUGACGACUCCAGUCUCACACUGUACCUUGUGGUGGCAGUAGCUAUAGUCUCCUGUGUCUUCCUCACCUUUGUCAUCGUGCUACUGGCACUCAGGCUGAGACGCUGGCACUCUUCAGGUCAGCUCCAGGCAUCAGGAAGCAGGUUGGCUGGCAUGCCCACCUCGCACUUUGUGGGUGUGGAUGGGGUGCGAGCUUUCCUGCAGACUUAUUCCCAUGAGGUCUCCCUCACAGCAGACUCCCGGAACAGUCACAUGAUCUUCCCCCAGCCCAACUAUGCAGACACACUCAUCAGUCAGGAGAGCUGUGGGAAAAGCGAGCCUCCUCUGAUAUCUGAGAAGAUAAAUGUAAACGAAGAGCUAGGAGUUGUACAGGUGAGGUUUUUUUUUUUUCUCUAGUAUCAUUGCUUGUAGCAUUUUUUUCAUUUGUUUCCUCAAUCAUUUGUCUGCCAUAUUCAAAGUUGGUUAAUUAUAUAAAUAAUCAAUGGUUGUAUGUUUUAUUUAGAGAUUGACUUGAUUUAAUUUGAUGAUGCUCUCUUCAUUUGUUUUCAAAUUAUAUUUUGGGUUUAAUGUCUUUUUUUUCAAUACAUGAAAUUUCUAGACAAUCUAGCUGAUAUCCAUAGUCUUAAAAAUAAAUGAAACAUGAUCGCUUUACCCAAA